AUGACAGGACACGGCAGCGACGAGAUAGCCGCCGAGAAUGUGGAUGGCGGAAGUAGUGCCGCAGGACAAAACACAGGCCAAGACCAGGGCCUAGGACAAGGACAAGGACAGGGACAGGGACAAGACCCUGGUGUAGGUGCUGGUGCUGGUAUAACUGCAGACGGAGAACCUGCCAAGCCGCCCGGCCGGGUAAAACGUCGGAGUGGACCUAUAGGGACCAGAAGUAGACGCGCACCGCCCAAGAAGCCGCCGCGCGCGGCGCCUCGCGCCGCAGACGACGAUGACGUAUCAUUCCAUGAGGAGGAUCUGGACGACCUAGAGGAGUCUGAAGAGUCGGAAGAGGACGACUCCGACGAGUAUAUUGAUUCUGCGGACGAGCGUAAGCGCGUAGCGAGAAGGCGGGACCGCAGUUUCAUUGUGAAGGACGAUAUGGACGGUUCUGGGGACGAGUCUAUCAAGGAGACGGAUCUAGAGCUGGAUGACGAUGACGACGACGAUGAUGAUGAAGAAGUUAACGUAGGACGCGGACGUGGACGCGGCGGCAGGGGUCGCGGCCGCAGAAGAACGCGCAUGGAUGAAGAAGAGGAUGAGGAUGAGCACGAACUUCUCGAAGAGGAAGAACAGCCGCGCAAAUUGCGUACUAGGACGAGGUCUAUGCGGGCCAGUGGUGCCAGCGGGGCCAGUGGUAGCGGCAGCGGCAGCGAAAGUGAUGGCGUGGGCGGCAGAAGGAGGCGUGGGCGCGCGCGCACGCGCACGCGCCGGUCUACGGCCGAGGCGCUAUCGCUUGCGGACGAAAUCCGCGAGUUGCAGGAGGACAGUCCGAUUCGGGAGAAGCGGUCGUUGCGCGAGCGCACGAAGCCCGUGAACUACGCAAUUCCGCCACCGCUGUCGGAGACCCAGGCGGCUGGUCUAGCCGCAGGGAACACAUACCCAGGCGAAACGGGAUAUUUAGCCGCCGCUGGCGCCCUCAAUGGUGUACCUAACGUGCAACCAAUGGCGAAUGGUAAUGGUAACGGAAUUAGCAAUGGUAACGGCAAUGGCCUAGGUCUAGGCGCCGCCGGUGCCGCCGGCGGGUUCUACCCGACCGCGUCGUUCCAAUCUCCGCGCGGCAAGCGCGGCCUCCACGCCGGAACCAGCUUCGGCCCCAUCAGACGGCUAUUUCCGACAGGCGGGCCCUUCGGCGGCAACGACGUGACCGCCAUUUUCGGCAAAAACGUCCAGUUCUAUAACAACAACGAACAGACAAACAAGUUUCUCGACUCGGACUCCUCGGACGACGAAAUCCUACCGCUCGGCGCCGCCGAGGACCCGGAAAAGAAGAAGCUCAAGGAACAGAGGAAGCUCAACAAAAAGAAGAAGCCCGAAAUCGCAGACCUCGACCCCUUGGGCGUCGACAUGAACAUCAACUUUGACGAUGUCGGCGGUUUGGACAACUACAUCGACCAGCUCAAAGAAAUGGUCGCGCUCCCGCUCUUGUACCCGGAGCUAUACCAGAACUUCAACAUUACCCCGCCUCGUGGUGUCUUGUUCCACGGACCGCCGGGAACCGGUAAAACGUUGAUGGCCCGGGCGUUGGCGGCUAGUUGCUCGAACGAGAAACGGAAAAUCACGUUUUUCAUGCGCAAAGGUGCAGAUAUCCUCUCGAAAUGGGUCGGUGAAGCCGAGCGGCAGUUACGGCUUUUGUUCGAGGAAGCCAAGAAACAACAGCCGGCGAUCAUCUUCUUUGACGAAAUCGACGGGCUUGCGCCAGUCAGGUCCUCGAAACAGGAGCAGAUCCACGCCAGUAUCGUGUCGACGAUGUUGGCGCUCAUGGACGGUAUGGAUAACAGGGGCCAGAUCAUCAUUAUCGGGGCUACCAAUAGACCGGACGCAGUGGACCCUGCGCUUAGAAGACCGGGUAGAUUCGACCGUGAGUUCUACUUCCCUUUGCCCGAUUUGCACGCGAGAGAGAAGAUCUUGCAGAUCCACACCAAGAAAUGGGACCCACCAGUGUCGCCGCAAUUCAUCAAGAAACUCGCAGGGCUCACCAAGGGGUACGGUGGUGCCGACUUGCGGGCGCUCUGUACCGAGGCAUCGUUGAUCAGCAUCCAGCGGAAGUUCCCGCAAAUUUACAAGAGCGACGCCAAGUUGAAGGUGGACCCGAAAAAAGUGGUAGUGAAGGCACGUGACUUCAUGCUUGCGUUGCAGAAGAUCGUUCCCUCGUCGGCCAGGGCCUCGGGCUCGUCGCCACAGCCGUUGCCCAAAGCGGUGGAGCCCCUCAUGGGCGACCAGUUCGCGAAAGUGCGCGACCAGUUGGCCAAGAUUUUGCCCAAACAGAACGAGCGGCUCCAGUCCGGAUCCUCCAUCAUCCAGUACUACCUCGAGAACGAGGACGUGGACGAGGACGGCAAUGGCUCUGGCCCAGAUGACGACGGCAGCGGGUUCGACAGACACGAGUUCUUGGAACGUAUUAAGAAGUCACGUGUUUGGAAACCAAAGCUCUUGAUCACAGGCCCGGCCGGUAACGGGCUGCAGUACAUUACGUCUGCGACGCUCAACUUCUUGGAAGGGUACAACAUCCAGAUGCUCGACAUCCCAACGAUGGUCUCGGAUAGCACCAGGACGAUGGAGGCGACGCUCGUGCAGACUUUUGCAGAGGCAAAGAAGAGACAGCCUUCGGUCAUUUGCAUACCUAACUUGGAGCUCUGGUUGCAAGCGGUGCCCCAGAGCUGUCUAGUGACGUUGACUACGUUGUUCAGAUCAUUACAAAGCACAGACAAUGUCGUAUUGUUGGCUAUUGCCGAUGGGUUGUCCCGCAGUGAGAUCAACGAAGCGCCACUUUCGAUGUUUGCGUUUGGAUCCAACGUCAUCGAGAUCCACAGGCCAUCGUCUAGCCAGAGACACGAGUAUUUCCAAUCUGUUGCCGAUCUAGUUAAGAUGAAACCUACUCAGUACAUCGAGUCCAGGAAAAGAAAGAAACCUUUGAAACAGCUUCCAGUGGCCGAUGAGCCGUUGCCUCAUGAGGUGGAUGAGACUGGCCGCGUGCUCACAGAGGAGGAAAGGCUCAAACUCGAGUUGAAGAAGUUCCAACACCAGGACAUGAAGUUGAAAAAUACUUUGAAGAUCAAGUUGUCGGGCUUGAUGGAUCUUUUCAAGAACCGUUACAAGCGGUUCCGUAAGCCUCCGAUCGACGACGCAUACUUGGUCCAUUUGUUCGAGCCGGAGUCCUUUGCCGCAAACCAGGGAUGGCAACCGGCAUACGUUAAGGAUGGUGAUAUGAUCUUGGAAGUGGCUACUGGGAGGAAAUUCUACAACAUGGACCUCGAUAUCAUCGAGGAACGGUUGUGGAACGGGUUUUACUCGGAGCCAAAACAAUUCUUAAAAGACAUUGAGCUAAUCUAUUUGGAUGCUACCACAUCUGCCGACAGAGAAAGAGUUAUCAAGGCAUCGGAAAUGUUUGCCAACGCUCAAGUCGGGAUCGAAGACAUCUCGCAACCUGAAUUCGUGGCGGAAUGUAAGGCUACUCGCCAAAGGGAACUUUUAAGACAGGAACUAUUCUUGAAGGAAGAAAAAGAACGUAUUGAGAGAGAGCAACAGGAAGUUACCGAGGUGAUCCCAGAGGACUCGGCAGCACAAGUUGAACUCACUACAGCAUCCGGCAAUCAGGUCCAAUCUCAAGCACAGCUGAACGCCAAUGAGAAACUACCACCUGCAGAAGAACCGGCUUCAAUCCAACCUUACGAAGUGCCACAGCAAUCAGCAACUGAAGAAAAAGCCAAUGGCGAUUUAUCCACUUUGAAUGACAAAGAGAAUGAUGAAGCUAUGACAGAUUCUACGCCUCCUACACAGCCUGACGCUCAAAAGGAACAAAAACUGGAUGGCAAACCUGCAUCUGCAUCUGAAUCCAAGCCUGAACCUGAAUCUGAACCUGAAUCUGAAUCUGAAUCUGAACCUGAACCUGAACCAGAGUUCAUUUACGAUAUUGCUCGCAUCAACGACUUAGUCUCUGCCUUAGAGAAACGCACGAAAAAGUUUACCGUUGAGAAGUUGGAAGAGGUUUAUUCAGUCAUUACCAAUAUCAUCUGGGAUGACAGACUUUCUUGGGACAAGACAAAGACCAUUGAAAAAUUGGAACAAUUUGUUGAAACAUUACAAACCUCGAAAUAG